AUGGAAUAUAGAACUUUAGGAAAAACAGGUUUAAAAGUAUCUCUUUUAAGUUAUGGUGGAUCACCUCUUGGAGGAAUCUAUGGUCAUAAUGAUGAGAAAAAGGCAAUAGAAUCUGUGCAUUAUGCUAUUAAAAAUGGUAUCAAUUUCAUUGAUACAUCACCAUAUUAUGGCAAAACAUUAUCGGAAUCUGUUCUGGGUAGGGCUUUGGCAGGUAUUCCAAGAGAUAAGUUUAUUAUGGGAACAAAAGUGGGUCGUUACGAUACGAACGAUUUCAACUUUUCCUAUGAUAGAAUCAUUGAAUCUGUAAAAGAGAGUCUCGAUCGUUUGAAUCUAGAGUAUCUAGAUAUCGUUCAGUGUCACGACAUUGAAUUUGGUGACCUUCACCAAGUCAUCAAUGAAUCUAUUCCAGCACUACUAAAGUUGAAAUCCGAUGGUCUAGUUCGACAUAUCGGAGUUACUGGAUAUCCGCUGAAAGCAUUGAAAACAGUGGCCGAGUCUCAUCCUUCGUUGGAUGUUGUUUUGUCCUACUGCCACUUUUGUCUCAACGACUCAUCGCUCGACGAUAUCAUUCCAACGCUUAAAUCUCAAAACAUCGGCAUUAUCAAUGCUUCGUUCUUGAAUAUGGGUAUGCUAACGGAGCGCGGUCCACCCGAAUGGCAUCCGGCACCAACACAACUACGUGAACUAGCAGCGAAAGCAUCGCAACUAUGCAAAAGUCGAGGAUCAGACAUCUCCAAGCUAGCUCUCCAAUAUACAUUUUCACAUCCAGACAUUGCCACUAACCUCGUCGGAAUGCCAUGCAUCGAGAACAUCGAUGACAAUCUCAAAACAAUGAGAGAACCAAUCGAUAAACAGCUACUCUCCGAAGUAUUAGAUAUUUUCAAACCAAUGAAAAACUAUCAAUGGAAAUCCGGUAAACCUGAAAAUAACUAA